CGUAUCCCAUACUGGGACAGGGUGUUGAUGGCAACGUCGUGCAUGGGAGGCGACGCCAUGAGCUUUCCCAUCUCGCUGCAAAAAGAGGCAGGAUGCAGCUCUAUGGUCGAAUAUUCGCAGCAAAUGCGUAUUGAGGAUUUCCUUAAAGCGGUAAGAGAGAGAUUUGAAGACAAGAACCUAGCAAGACGUACAAAACUGUUGAUCAUCAGCCUUCCUGAUAGGAAAUGGAAGAGUACUUCUGCACUAAAGGUCACUAUGGAUGAAUUAUUGCAAUGCCCUAAUCACGGGUUGACGCCGGCCCAAAUCUUAAACAGUUUUGCAAGAGCACUCCCGGAUCCCCUGAGAACGCAACUUUAUCCCCGCACCAAAGAAGAGGGGAUGACAUAUGAGAAGUUCGGCAAGAUUUCCAUAGAUCAUGCUGGCUUCCUCGCUGAAGCGAAUUAUUGCCAUUACUGGAAAGAUCUGCAAGCGGGAAAGAGAUGGCAAAACCGCACCAUCUCAGAGUCUAUACCUGGGAAAGAUAGUCUCCUUUUGACCUUUGAAGAAGGAGGCGCCGAGACCAUCUCCUGGGAUCAGGUAGACUAUGGUCUCGAUGAACCCAACAGAUCGGUAACUCAAGAGGGGAGUUACGCGGCUGUUGCAGCCCGCGGGGGAGGGCGUCAAGGAAGAGGGCGUGGCCGAGGAAGAGGUCGCGGUCGUGGUGGACGAGGAUUCGGCACCCAGAGGGGUGGUGGUGAAGGAAGCCGCUACGUGGGAGGAGGGGGAAAUGGUCCCUCAUACGGUGACCGUGGUUCUUACUCCACCUGGGGUAGAGGAAGAGGCUCAUGGUACAACAAGUGGGAUAAGCCGUACCCACCACAUCCAGGCCUACCGGAAGGAGAGCCUUGGAAAGAGUUGGGAAUUACAGAAAAAGUUUGGGCCGAAAGGAAGAAGGCAGAUCAAUGCCUCAAAUGUGGGGACCCCGACCACAUUGUCCCCUAUUGCCCUGACUAUAGAGGGGCAAAAGGGAACAGCCAGUAGAGGUGUCAGUUGCCUCUACCAGGGCUUCGAAUGUUGAAAAAUCAGAAUCCUCCCAUUCGAAGGCCCCAACGGUAGAAACUGAACUUGCGAGUCUACACGCGGUUAUAUUAGUAAAAGAGGUUUGCAGAA